CCGUUACUUUGGCCUCCGCGGGCUCCCGCCUCUCCGCCCUCCCCGGCGCCCGGCCAAGCGGCGGGGACGCGCCGAGCGACGCGCGGCGGACGCGGGCGGGGCCGGCUCUGCGCCCGGGUUUCAGCGGCCCCGGCCAAUCGCCGCGCAGCCCGCGGCGGCGUCGCGCCCGAGCCCGGGCCCGGGCGGCACCUCCGGCCCCCGCCCCCCGCGCGCCCGCCGGGGCCGAGCCGAGCGGAGCGGAGCCGAGCCGAGCUGGGGGCACACAGCGCGGGAGGCGGCGGCGUGCAGCCCAGGGCGGCACUCAAUCCACUGAACCACACCAGCCGGGGUGAAGGUUCACUUUCACAGUAAAGGUGGCACCGCGGUGGAUGGGAGUGCCCCGGCGAGGCCGCGUCACAUGAGGUCCGCGCACGCACCAUGUCAUCAUGCGUCUCUAGCCAGCCCAGCAGCGACCGGGCCGCCCCCCAGAAUGACCUGUGCGGCGUGGGCGGCAGCAGCAGCAGUAGCCAAGGCCAGAAGCCCUGCGAGGCGCUGCGGGGCCUCUCGUCCCUGAGCAUCCGCCUGGGCAUGGAGUCCUUCAUCGUGGUCACCGAGUGUGAUCCGGGCUGCGCCGCGGACCAGGGCCUGGACCGGGACGCGCACCUGGACGCCGAUGGAGGAGAAGUCCCCCUUGACGCAGGGUCCCAGGUCCGGCCCCCCCUCUCCAGUUGCAAGCUGUCGCUGCAGGAGCGGUCUCAGCUGGACGUGAACGGCCGCUGCGUCCAGCCAGCCCAGCCCUCCUCGCCGGUCGGCUCCCCGCAGUCCUCGCCGCGGCUGCCCCGGCGGCCCACGGUGGAGUCGCACCACGUCUCCAUCACUGGUAUGCAGGACUGUGUGCAGCUGAACCAGUACACCCUGAAGGAUGAAAUUGGAAAGGGCUCCUACGGUGUGGUCAAGUUGGCCUACAAUGAAAAUGACAAUACCUACUAUGCGAUGAAGGUGCUGUCCAAAAAGAAGCUGAUCCGACAGGCGGGCUUUCCACGUCGCCCCCCGCCCCGAGGCACCCGGCCAGCCCCGGGUGGCUGCAUCCAGCCCCGGGGCCCCAUCGAGCAGGUGUACCAGGAGAUCGCCAUCCUCAAGAAGCUGGACCACCCCAAUGUGGUGAAGCUGGUGGAGGUCCUGGACGACCCCAACGAGGACCAUCUGUACAUGGUGUUCGAACUGGUCAACCAAGGGCCGGUGAUGGAGGUGCCCACCCUCAAACCGCUCUCCGAAGACCAGGCCCGUUUCUACUUCCAGGAUCUGAUCAAAGGCAUCGAGUACUUGCACUACCAGAAGAUCAUCCACCGGGACAUCAAACCGUCCAACCUCCUGGUGGGAGAAGACGGGCACAUCAAGAUCGCCGACUUCGGCGUGAGCAAUGAGUUCAAGGGCAGCGACGCGCUCCUGUCCAACACCGUGGGCACGCCCGCCUUCAUGGCGCCCGAGUCGCUCUCCGAGACCCGGAAGAUCUUUUCCGGGAAGGCCUUGGAUGUGUGGGCCAUGGGUGUGACGCUGUACUGCUUCGUGUUCGGCCAGUGCCCGUUCAUGGACGAGAGGAUCAUGUGUUUGCACAGCAAGAUCAAGAGCCAGGCCCUGGAGUUUCCCGAGCAGCCCGACAUAGCUGAGGACCUGAAGGACCUGAUCACCCGCAUGCUGGACAAGAACCCCGAGUCGAGGAUCGUGGUGCCGGAGAUCAAGCUGCACCCCUGGGUCACGAGGCACGGGGCGGAGCCGCUGCCGUCGGAGGACGAGAACUGCACGCUGGUCGAGGUGACCGAAGAGGAGGUCGAGAAUUCGGUCAAACACAUUCCCAGCCUGGCGACCGUGAUCCUGGUGAAGACCAUGAUACGGAAGCGCUCCUUCGGGAACCCGUUCGAGGGCAGCCGGCGGGAGGAGCGCUCGCUGUCCGCGCCCGGGAACCUGCUCAGCAAAAAACCAACCAGGCAGUGGGAGCCCCUGUCUGAGCCCAAGGAGGCGCGGCAGCGGAGACGGCCUGCGCGGGCCCGCCCCGCCCCCGCCGCCGGGGGAGGAGGAAGUGCUGUUGUGAAAGGCGGCCCCCCGCAGGGGGACAGUUGGGGGGCCCCGGGCCCCGGCCAGCAGGCACGCAUGCGCCCUCCGUGGCCCGACGACGACGCGAUGGAGUAGCUGCCGCGCGCCGUGACCUCGCAUGCUCAGCAUCUCACCGCCGGGGCUGCGCACCCCGCGUUUCCAUAGCAGCAUGUCUUACCGGAAGCACGUGUGUAGAGCCUUGCCCGUCAUCUCUGGUUGUGGUUUUUUUUUUUUUAAUCCUUUGUUGUUUUAAAGGGGACAAAAAAAAAAAGAAAAAGAACUCCAUGACAUCGACCUUGGCCACUGGCUGGCUGGCUGAACCGGCGUGAGGAAUUGCAGACCCAGCCCGCAUACAUUCUGGGACAGUCACUUUUUUAAAACAUUUUUAUGCCAAAAAAUCCGUCGCUGUGACCUGGGAACCACGGCCGCUGUCCCAAGCCAAUGUGUGUGGGGUUUGAAAAUCAUGAAAAACGGGCAGAGAACUCCCACGGCGGGGUCCGAGACCACAGAGGGGGGCUCGCCGCCGCGUCUGAAAGGGAGAGCAGGGGGUGUGGCCUCGUGCAAACCCCACGCCUGACACGGUGCCGCCCUCCAGGACCGCGGACUCACGAGUGGAGGCAGCGCUCGCCCUCGGUGGUAGCUGCAGGGAGCUUCGAGGCAACGUGUUUGCAAGAAGGACUGGAGCGUCGUUUCUAUGCCUCGAGUUGUCGGAGAAACAAAGGGCUUGGUGUUUAAACUGCUCUGCAAAGGUCAUGGUGGGAGAAGUUGCGCUUCAAGGACGCGAGUGCGUGUCUUUAUGCCAGACACUUAAAGCGGAGUUCUCAAGGAGUUGACGGAGCCCUCUCAGUAAAUCUCUUGGGAAAUGACAAAAAAAACCAUCAGGGUGAAAUCCUGUACUUCCAUGUAUAUUACAUGGCUUAAGAGUGAACAAAGAAGCAAAAAGGUUCAAUUCUCCAACUAGUCUGAACUCCGGAGGAGUUCGGAAAUCAUUUCGAGCUUCCAGGAUCUAGCCCACCGCUCCAGGCAGGCGUUAGAGCCCGUGAAACGUGCGCUUGUGUAUUAGCAGCUCAGCUGGUUCAUCACCUGUGUCUUCUGGAGACUGCUACCGUUUCGUCCUCUCCUGAAACACUAGCUGAGUGUUGCCGUUAGUGAAACAGUUACCCUGGAGGGUAAACUGGUUGCUGGGGGGCCAGCUGGGAGAUACGUUCAUUCGACGGAGACACAGACAGACGGUCAUCCGUACCAGCAAAGCUCUAUUAGGGUCGACCCGAGAACUUCCGGGACCCUUUUAGAGAGGAGGCUGUUGCAACCCAGAGCGCUCCUCAGGGUCCUAGGGGACCAGGGCCUGGCGCAGGGCGUUCCAUUGUGUAGCCAAAAGUCCAGAAAGAAAAGGUUUACCUUUCUUGACUUCCAUCUACUAUUGGGAAGUCUGGCUGCAGUUCAGGUACGACUUCUUCCAGACCCCCGUGUGGGUGCGUCUGACGUGCGAGGGGUAGGAAAACUGGGAGGACUUUGUCUUGGGAGAUUCCCUCUGCUUUGUGGAACCUGGCCUGGGGAGACAGUACUGGGGUUCAGAAAGGCCUGCUUUCCUGUGACUACUGUCUGAUCAGCCUCGGUACGAGGACGUUUUGCAGAGAUGGAGAAGCAAGGACCUGUGCCCUCUGCCCAGCGCGUCCACUGGGCCCGGGCGUCCUUGGCUUCCACAGAUCUCGACUGUGAACUCUUUAACUGUCGGUCAGCCAGAGUUUUCUUGCCGUCUUUUAGCCGUGCAGAAUUAGGGACUGCUGGUUUGCAAGAGCAAAGAAUACCCGUCUGAUGGAGGAGGGUAUUCUCGCCUGCUUUCUUUCUCUUUCUGUCUGUAGCCUAGAACUUCCUCUUGCCCUCCUACGCUUGUUGACAUGUAUGGGCCCCACCCCUUCCGGGAGCAGAGGGGGCCUGGUUCGUUUGCAGUAAGCACCGCCCGGUGGUGGUUCGAGUCAGCGGGUCCCCGGUCCCCGUCCAGGCCCGUCUGCGUGGAGUCCGGGGAGGGCGGGCCGCACGCGGCGCUUCUGCAGAACUCCUGUGUUUACAGAGCCGCAUGGGGCAGUGCCCUCUGCCCCCCGACAACACCCUCCGGGGACGGUUUCACGUGUGGCAUGCCGGCCAUGGGGCAGCACCCAGCUGCUUAGGCAGGUGGGUUGGGGGCGGCCCAGGUCAUCAUUUUUUUUUUUUUUUUACAAAGGAACACCAAAGAAAGCUGUGGAAAGGAACCGCCACCCCCAAAAAAGUCUAAGCGGAGAGGGCUGUUACAUAAAGUGUACCACCACCCUCUCGGACCCCACGCGUCGGUGGUCCAAAAGCCAGCUCCAUCAGGAGAGGCGGGGGGCAGCUGCCAGGAGCAGCUCUGUCCGGGGGGGUGGCCAGGAGGACGCCCGCCCGUCUCUCCCACUGCUGGCGCACCUGCGGGGCCAGUCUGCUGGAAGCGCCCUGUGGCCUGCACCCGUGGCCUUGAAGGAAGCACAAGUCUCUCUCCCCAUCUUUUCCUCUGCCCUGUGCCACGUCCCCCACCUAGUCCGCUGGCUCACGGGCGGCCCCCGUGAAGCCUUCUCCGGCCCCUUGUGGGCGCCAGGGGGCGGGGGGGCCGUUUCCCCCGUGGUCUAGCCUUUCCCCGUGAGCCGGGGCUCCCGCCCUCACAGCCUUUCUGGAGCAAGGGGGCGCAUCCCUGCACACUCAGACGCCCAGGCUGGACCCACGUGCUGCUCUCUCUCAGCCAUCUUCCGAAGGGGAGCUUCACGCUGCCGGUGGGGAGAACCACGACCUCCACUUGCUUCUCAGGUGCUAGGGAAGGUUUCGAGAUGGCCGAUCCCCAUCUUCUCCAGCUUUACGGGCCGAGUCUCGUGGGACUGCUGACUUCUCCAACCUGUGACCGACGCCCCGCCCGAUGCUUCUGUUUCACCCCCGGUCCUUUCUAUGCAUUGCCCUCUGAUCAGGUGUACCAAGUUAAAUACUGUGUAUUUACCACUUACAGAGACAUGAACUGCAGAGAAAAGUAAGCCUUUGGUGUUUUUCCACAGAUGUUUUGAGCUUCUCUGUAAACUUGAAAUAAACAGACAGCCAAAUGGUGCAAA